AUUGUUUCAGCAGUAAGAGACCAAUUAAAGAGCUGGCGGAUGGUGAAGGACAGGCAACAUGCCAUUCAAACCUGGAAUUUUCUUGACGGUUAGCUGCUUGGAGAGUUUGGUUCUGGCAGCAAACUUAUAUGAUAAUUUUUUUUAAUCUAUUCUUAAAUAAGAAGGGCAGCGCGCACACCCUUGUAGGGCCAUGCAGAGCUAUGCUAAUCUCUCUCUUGAAGGGAAUUCAAGAACUCCCGCAAAAGCAAGAUCAUUCAUAUACGCUACUCUUGAAAAAAAUAAGCACCGACAUCUCGACAAUCAAAAUCCCACGUCAAUACAUUCAAUCCUCGUCUACUAUCGUUUCAAUCCUUGCCCAAGGCGGCCCCGUUAAGGAGCUCGCAUUGUACAAUGCGUCUAAGUUGCUCAGCUCUGCCACCAAACCUAAUGCCUAUUCUCUGCUUCACCUGGUUCGAGCUUCUACGGAUCUGGGCUUCGAUUCUUACUGCCGACAGCUUCACACCUACAUUCUGAAAUCUGGGUUUUUCACCAAUGUUUUUGUCUCCACUGCUUUGCUAAGGUUUUAUAGCAUAACGGAGUCCAUAAUUGACGCCGACAAGGCGUUUGAUGAAAUUCCUCAACCAAAUGCAGUUUCUUGGAAUACCUUGAUUUCCGCUUGCGUGCAUUCUGGGCAGUUUGGGAAAGCAGUUUAUUUGUUUCUUCAACUUGAGAGGUCUGGUACAUGUCCAGAUGCCUACUCAUUCACACUGGCUUUAUCUGCUUCUGCCCACCUAAAUAUGUUGCAGCUCGGCAGGUCAAUUCACUGCGAAAUAGUGAAAUAUGGCCUGGAGUGCGCCACUGUUGUUGGGAAUUGCUUGAUUGAUAUGUAUGGCAAAUGUGCUUCUGUUGAGGAAGCAAUUUGGGUUUUUGAUGAAAUGAUUGAUAAAGACAUAAUUUCUUGGAAUUCAGUUAUAGCUGCAAGUGCUAGGAACCAAAGACUUGAAUUGGCAUACAGAUUUUUCUAUCAGAUGCCUGAGCCGGACACCAUUUCAUAUAAUGAAAUGAUUAACGGAAUUGCCCAGUUUGGCAACAUAGAGGAUGCUAUCGGAAUUUUAUUGAAUAUGCCAAAACCGAAUUCAUCUUCUUGGAAUUCGAUCAUAACAUCAUUGGUUAACAAAAAUUGUGUACGAGAAGCCUUGGGGUUUUUCACUAAAAUGCAUUCAAGUGAAAUUAAAAUGGAUGAAUAUACUUAUUCAGUUCUUUUGAGAGGUGUCGCUGGUCUUGCCGCUUUGAAAUGGGGAAUGGUGAUCCAUUGUCGUGCAACAAAGGGAGGUUUGGAUACAUACGUAGUCGUCGGAAGCGCUCUCAUUGACAUGUACUCCAAGUGUGGGCAAGUAAAGAAUGCCGAGUCAAUGUUUCAGUUAUUACCUAAGAGGAAUAUAAUAACAUGGAACGCAAUGAUCUCAGGCUAUGCUUACAAUGGUGAUUCAGGUAAGGUAAUCCAACAACUUCGGGAAUUGAAAAUGGUUGCCGAUUUGAAACCUGAUGGGGUCACCUUUCUUAAUGUAAUAGCUGCAUGCUCCAAUACCGAGGUGCCAUUGCAGCAGGCAAUUGGAUACUUUGAAUCAAUGAUCAACGAUUACGGGAUUGAACCAACCAUUGAGCACUGCUGUUCAAUGAUUCGGCUGAUGGGACAAAGAGGGGAGGUGUGGAAGGCAAAGAGUAUGAUAUAUGAACUAGCAUUUGGAUCAUGUGGGGCAGUUUGGAGGGCUUUGCUUGGUGCUUGUGGAGCUUGUAGGGAUUUGAAGGUCGCAAACAUUGCAGCAGCAAAAGUUAUUGAAUUGGAGGGUGAUGAUGAUUAUGUGUAUGUUAUGAUGUCUAACAUAUUUGCAUCCUAUGGCAAAUGGAGAGAUGUGAGCAAAGUGAGAAAGAUCAUGAGGGAUAGAGGGGUGAGAAAAGCAGUUGGCUGCAGUUGGAUUGAGGUGGAAAGGGCCGCUCCAUAGUCAUUCAUAUAUCUAUUUGGAAUUGGCGAAAGAAAGGCCUUUUUGAUGAAGAAUUUAUUGGCUGUCAUAAUAUGGUGGACAUUGUGAUGAGCAAAGAAAUUUCAUCCUGCUCAAUCUUCCCUUCCUGUCUCCACCAAUAAAGCAAAGUGGGAGCAAAGACUAUAAUUUGCUGGACCACUACCCCAAGUGGUUAUUUUAAACCGAACACGGAUGCUCAUUCAAAGUUCUACAGGUUCUGUUUAUGCUGGAGGUUUGAUCCGGGAUCAUCGAGGUGCUUGGCAUGGAGAUUUUUGCAUGAAUACUGCCUAAUAACCAAUGCUGAAUUUUGGGGUUUGUUUCAGGGUUUGUCUAUGGCCUGGAAUAAGAGGUUGCAUAAGAUAAUUGUUGAGGUGCACAAUCAAAGUGUUUGUCGGAUGGUGCUCAAUGAAGUUAAUGUUCCUGGGGGCUGUCACGAUCUGGUUUGCAGGAUAAGGGAGUUGAUUCAGCGUGAAUGGGAAGUGAAAGUUUACCAUAUUCACAGAAAGGACUACCUGAGUGCAGAUUGGCUGGCAGGGAUUGGUGAAAGGAGACCUAGAAGCUACUAUGGUCCAACCGCACCAGUGUAAAACUGUAUUUAAGUUGGAAGUCCUGUCUCGCAUAUACCCACUUAGCAGUUCCAAUAUGCACAUUCUGCUCUGUUGGAAAAUACGAUAAGUGUUUUUUUGCCUUGAGUUUACAUUAGUAGAAACUGCUUUUGGUACAAAGAUGGAAGACCAGGAUUAAGAAGAAAAAACUUACUGGUCUGAUGCCAUUUGGUUGUGAUGGUCCAUGCAUAUUUCAGUGAACAAUGAAGUGAAAUUUUGGAGACUAACUUCAUGGAACCUUAUAAACACCGCUGGACUUUCAGUUAUUAGACUCGGUUUCUAAAUGGAAGUAGGUCCCUCAGGUAUCGGAAAAUAGCAUGUAUUACUUCAGGGCAAAUUACAACAUCAAGUAUCAAAUUCCUUUUUGAAAGUAGGUCCUUCAGAAAUCUGAAAUUAGCUGGUAUCGCCUCAGAGCAUAUUACAAAAUAAAGAGGACGAAAUGUUGGGAACAACUGAGCAUAUAUUGGUCGCGCGAUAUUAUAUAUGAAUUGCAUUUAAUUGUUACAUCUCA